AUGUAUGAGGAGACGGGUUGUUUUGAUCCCAACACCAUGCCUGAAGUUACAGAUGAUGGGUUUUCUCACCUGACUCAACCUUCACAAUUGGUGGGUGGUAGCACCACAAACAGUGUUGAAGAAGUCUCUUACCACCACCAUCACAAUAAACCUCUCCAAGUUGAUGCUGCUGCCGCUGCCAUUGAAAUUGACCUUCAACGAAAACUGGCCUUGUCCAAUGGGAUUAACAAUACCCAAUACCAUACCCAGAAUCAGAACCAAAUUUAUGAUCAAUCUAACCCUAACUGGGUUCAUGAAAUUGAGAUGCAAGACAUGAGUUUCAUCAAUCCUGACCAUCAACAGCUCCAAAUUGAUGACAACAAUAAUUACAACCAGUCUUCAAUCCCAACUCAAACCCAAGAAAUUCUCAACCUGUUCCAUCAAUUGCCUAGAUGCUCAGCUUCCUCUUUGGUCCCAAAUUCAUCAAUCUCCUUUUCAUUUCCAAUGGUGGAGACUAAUGCAUCGUCUUAUGACCCACUAUACCAUCUGCAGCCUCCAUUGUUGAGAGAGUUGUUUCAGUCUCUACCCCAUGGCAGCUACAGUAAGCAAAGGGGAGGUACUGGAAAGAAACACUUCGCCACUGAACGCGGUAGGAGAGAAUAUCUGAACCAGAGGUACACUGCCUUGAAGAGCUUGGUUCCCAACCUAACUAAGGGUGAUCGAGCAUCGAUUGUGGGAGAUGCAAUUGAGUAUAUCAAAGAGCUUCUAAGAACUGUCAAUGAGCUCAAGUUACUAGUAGAUAAUAAGGGAUGUAGCAGAGAGAGGACCAAGUGA